AUGGCACCUCCCGCGAUCAUCGCUCCCUCCAUCCUCAGCGCCAACUUCGCCAACUUGGGCCAUGACUGCUCCAAGAAGAUGGAGCAGGGUGCCGAUUGGCUCCACGUCGAUAUCAUGGACGGCCACUUUGUGCCAAACAUGACCAUUGGUUGCCCCGUCGUCUCCCAGAUCCGUGGCUGCGUCGACCGCCCAUCCGAACCGUGCGGCCGUGGUACUUUUGAUUGCCACAUGAUGAUUAUGGAGCCUCACAAAUGGGUUGGCGAGUUUAAAAAAGCCGGCUGCGAUCUCUACUGUUUCCAUUAUGAGGCUGCCGUCUCCUCGGUGGCCGCGACUGAUCCUACCGACAAAGAGACUACCGCUCGGACCAGCCCCAAGCAGUUGAUCCGCUACAUUCACGAGGAGGGCAUGCAGGCCGGUAUUGCAAUUAAGCCAGAUACACCCGUUGAUGUGCUGUGGGACAUUAUUGAGAGCGAAGACCCCGCGGAACGACCCGACAUGGUCCUGGUCAUGACCGUACACCCUGGUUUUGGAGGCCAAAAAUUCAUGGCUUCAGAGCUUCCCAAGGUCACCGCCCUGCGCAAACGGUACCCCGAUCUGAACAUUGAAGUGGACGGAGGCCUCGGCCUGGGCACAAUUGACCAGGCUGCUGAUGCGGGUGCCAACGUGAUUGUUGCUGGUUCAGCGGUCUUCGGUGCUCAAGACCCCGCCGACGUCAUCGCAAAGCUGCGCGAGGCCGUCCAGAAGCGUCGUGGCGCGGAAUCUUCAUAA